CUCGACGAAAGGUCUAUUUUGUAUGCGCGUAAACGCUACGAAACUACCGGAAGUUGAUCCCAACGAUGAUGGUUACUCUUCAAUGAACGAAGUUGUACUUGAGGAAGGGAGCGUUCGCGUAGGCUCGAUUAUGAGCUGCGGGAUACAAGGAGUCGUGUGGAUGAGUCUGUUAGCAGUUGUGUGUUUGUAGUUGCUGUAUAGGAG